GGGUGAUACAUAAAUACAAAUAUAUACGUAAUUUUAUGUCUUCCGCCUCUGCUCUUCUUCUGCUACUUCUCAAUCUCUCUCUGUCCAGCUACUUCUUUUUAGGUGCGUAACUUGUGCAGUUUUGACUUUUGUCGGAUCAGGCUGAAAGAGGGGUGGUGUGGUGAGAGUUGAUUACUGGAGAAUAUGAGUGGGCCUGCAGCUGAGGAGCCUGGCGCUGGAAGGUCGUUUGAAGGAGAUUUGAGUGAGCAGCUACAGCAGCAGAGGUGUGAGUCUGGAGAAGCUUUGGCAGAAUGGAGGUCUUCGGACCAGGUUGAGAAUGGAACUCCGUCGACUUCACCCCCUUAUUGGGAUAGUGACGAUGACGAUGAUGGAGGUCCUAAACCAUCUGACUUAUAUGGAAAGUAUACUUGGAAAAUUGAAAAGUUUUCACAAAUUAACAAAAGGGAACUACGGAGCAAUGCGUUUGAGGUUGGAGGCUAUAAAUGGUAUAUUUUGAUUUACCCUCAAGGUUGUGAUGUCUGCAAUCACCUCUCUUUGUUUCUCUGUGUCGCCAAUCAUGACAAGCUUCUGCCAGGUUGGAGUCAUUUUGCACAGUUCACUAUUGCCGUGGUGAACAAAGAUCCUAAAAAGUCAAAAUAUUCUGAUACAUUACAUCGUUUCUGGAAAAAGGAGCAUGACUGGGGAUGGAAGAAAUUUAUGGAGCUGUCAAAGGUGUUGGAUGGAUUUAUUGAUGCUGAUAAUUUGAUAAUUAAAGCUCAAGUGCAAGUUAUAAGGGAGAGGGCAGAACGGCCAUUUCGUUGUCUUGAUUGUCUGUACAGGAGGGAACUUGUACGGGUAUAUUUGACAAAUGUAGAACAAAUAUGCCGGCGUUUUGUGGAAGAGCGUCGAGGGAAACUUGGGAAGCUAAUAGAAGAGAAAGCUAGAUGGUCCAGCUUCUGCUCUUUCUGGAUUGGUAUGGACCAAACUUGCAGGCGCCGCAUAUCCCGAGAGAAAACAGAGACAAUAUUGAAAGUGGUCGUAAAGCAUUUCUUUGUAGAGAAGGAAGUCACAUCUACCCUUGUUAUGGACUCAUUGUACAGUGGUCUGAAAGCUCUUGAGGGCCAGUAUAAGGGGAAAAUGAACAAGGGUAAGUAUGCGGAGGGUGAUGAAAUACCUGUUCCUAUCGUUCAAAUAGAGAAAGAUAUGUUUGUCUUGGUGGAUGAUGUGCUGCCACUGCUUGAGAGGGCUGCUCUGGAACCUUUGCCUCCAAAGGAUGAGAAGGGACCUCAAAAUCGUACAAAGGAUGGGACUUUGGGGGAGGAGUUUAACAAAGAUUCUAUUGAACGUGAUGAGAGGAGACUUACUGAACUGGGUCGCAGGACUAUUGAGAUAUUCAUUUUAGCCCAUGUAUUCAACAGUAAAAUUGAAGUUGCAUACCAGGAGGCUGUUGCUCUGAAGAAGCAAGAAGAGCUCAUACGUGAAGAGGAGGCAGCUUGGCUUGCUGGGAUUGAGCACAGAGCAAAGCGUGGAGCAGUCGAUAAGGAAAAGAAAUCGAAAAAGAAACAGGCGAAGCAGAAACGAAAUAAUUGCAAAAGUAAAGACAAGGGAAAGGAUGACAAGUCACUCAGUAUUGUACAAGACAAAAUUGAGCAAGAUAUACGCAUUGUCAAGAGAAAAGACUCAUUAGUCGCCGAGUCCGAAUUGUUACUUGAAAAGUCCGAUGCUGUGGAAGAUCUUUCAGAUAUUUCUGAUUCAGAGGAAUGUAUUCCAGAAAUAUUACCACCGGAUGCAGAAGACCGAGAUGUGAGUCCUGUCAAUUGGGACACCGAUACUUCGGAAAUGCAUCCUCCCACAGAAUCCAGUAGCAGUGGGAUUAGUGGACUUUCAAGUGUGCAAAAUGGAACAGAAGGCAGAAGUUCAUCUGUUGUGGAUGAUAGCUCAUCCACUUGUUCGUCCGACUCAGUUCCUUCCGUUGUCAUAAGUAUCCCUCAGAGAGGCAAUUCCCAUUACCAGAAAAAUAAAAAAUCUCCUAGCAGGGCGAGAAACCACCAAAGCAAAAAAAAUUUGAACCAAGCUGGUUGGGUUAAAGAAGAAGUAUCUCCUCCAUCUAAAGCUGUGCUAGAUAGAGUGAUUAAAGUUAAUGGAUCUCAAAGUUCGAAGGCUGUUAAAUCUCUGUCUCAGGUGGCUCAUCAUUCGGUUAGGGUGGUAAUUGCGGCUGAGCACCAAAUGGCCAAGGACGAAGAUGCUGACUCCUCUCGGAAGUUUCUCACCAGAAGUGUGGAUGUAGACGUAUCUGGGGAUAAGGAAGCUUCUCUGCGCACGAGCCCUUCCAAAAGCAUUCCAUCUAUUGCUCCUCCAAAAUUUGACUUGAAGGCUAAGGUGACAGGCAAGAAAUCAUCUUCAAACAGGCUCAUCCAAGCUGAGAGAUCAGCCAUGCUGGUUUCAGAUACACAGAAGUUUGCAACGGCAAAGCUCACUGAAAAUCUAACCAGUCAUCGAGUGCACGAGAGUGAAAAGCCUGCAAUACGGCCCGUGAUAGAUACAACUGACAAGCCUUCACCGACCUCAAUGCCAGUUAUAUCAAGACCCUUGAGUGCCCCUCUAAUUCCUGAUUCUGUCACUGCUGUUUCUUUGGUUUCCGUUGUCCCGACAGCAGCUGUAUUGGCCCGUUCAGUAAGUGCUGCUGGUCGCCUGGGGCUUGAACCUACUGCUCCAUCAACUCACAACCAUGCUCCACAGUCGUAUCGGAAUGCAAUUGUGGGUGGCACUGCUGCUGGAAGUUUGCCUGCUUUUACUCAGAAUCACUCUGCAAGUUCGGUGGUAAAGGCAUCAGUUUCGUACUCACACACACCUCCCCUUGUGUCUACGCCCAUGUUCUCACCGCAUAGCUCUGAUUGGAUGGAACCAAAUCAAUCUAAACCAAGUUUUGCAUUUGGAAUGAUGAGUCACCACGAUAGAUUACAGAACCGACCUCUCUGGGUAGACUCCUAUCAGAGCGAAAACAGCAGGAACCAACCCGGUCAUUGUGCUUCACAGCUUGAUGGUAUGCAAAGUUACGAUUUAUAUAGUUCAUCACGUGUCAGAUCACAGGAUCACCUUCAAUCUGGGAUCUCAGCCUGCACAACCGGUCGUCAGAACCAUGUAUUGACAGAUGAGUUUCCACACCUAGACAUCAUCAAUGACUUGCUUGAUGAUGAGCAUGGAGUUGGAAAUUUAUCCGCCUCGGGCCCUGCUUAUCAAAGUUUCAGCAAUGGAUCUCACUAUUUGAACCGGCAUUUCAGCUUCCCCGGCGACCCUGCCAUGUCAACGAGCUCAUGUAGGUUUGAGAGGAUGAUGCAGAGCUAUCAGGACGACGUAUUACAACAUAGUUAUGGAGGAGCUUCUCGUGAUACCCUCGGGCACAUGAUCCCCCGGGCUAGCUCUCGACCAUACCUAAAUGGGCAGAUUGAUGGUUUGACUCCGAACCAGUGGCAAGUGGCUGGUCCUGAUCUGCCCUUCCCAAGUGCCCGGACUACGGAGAACAACGGCCGUCUUUACAGCAUGGCAGACUAUCAAAACCUCACGGUCGAUGUCAAUGGCUACGCGGUGUUUCGACCAUCAAAUGGAUUCUGAAUUUUACAUAUAUGCCAAUGGUUUGCCUCAAAGAGGAGGGAGACUAAUUGGGAGGGAUGAAGUUUGUGGUUAAACAUCUUGUAAAGGUGAUUCUGGUUUUAGUUUUCUUGGAAAAAUUUCAAGUUCCAUAGAUUGGGUUUAUUUUUUCAUGGGAUUGUCUAACUUUUAACUUAUUUAUAGUUUUGGUUUUAGUAUCUUCACUUAUAUAGUAAUAUUGGAAAAACAGGUGAAUCGUGCUCACUUAUAUGUUACAAAGCCUAGUAAUUCGGGACA